UCGCAAAGAAAGUCGGAAUUUAAGUUUUAUAACACACAAAGUAGAAGCGCGCGAGGUAUUUAGGCUUGUGAUUGAUUUAAUUGUUCGCGCGUGACGCAGCGGGAAGAAAGUCUACAAUGUCUGAGGAUAAGAAAAAAUCCGGUGAACCUGCAGAUGCGGAAUUAAACGAGUUAUUGGAUAGUGCUCUAGAGGAUUUCAAUCAAGUUCAAAGCGAAAAACAAAAGACCGAUGCAGCAGUAGUUGCAUCAUCAGCCCAAUUGGAGCAGCCCGAUGUAGCAGCUGGAGCUGAGGAUCAAUGGACGCAAGAUUUUAUCAAACAAGCUGCAGACCAGUUCGAAAAAAACCUACAGAACCUCAUACAAAAUGGUGAUGAUAGCGAUCUGGGAGCCUCUUUCCAAAAAAUGGCACAAACUGUAGCCAGCGCUAUCACAGGGGAAGGUGAUCUUGGGAACGAAGCUUCUCGCAGUGACUUUCAGUCAGCCAUUUCACAAGCGCUUAAAGAUUUGUCCAGUACAAGUCAGGAUCUACAGAACCCGGUACCAGGAUUGGGAGAAGCAGAUCUGGCUGCUAUGUUCGGGCGAACGUCUCUGGAUGAAGAGUCUGGCGAAUUUCCAUCUUUCAUGCAAGGGAUGAUGCAGUCUUUAUUGUCCAAGGAGGUUUUAUAUCCCACAAUGAAAGAGUUAGUCGAUAAAUAUCCAGCGUGGCUUGAAGAGAAGAAAUCCACUCUACCAGCAGCUGAUUUCGAAAGAUACACGGAACAAUUGAAUCUCAUGCAAAAGGUAUGUGCAGAGUUAGAAAAUGAGAAAGAAGAAGACUCUGAUGAAGUAAAAAAGGCUCGCUUUGACAAAACAUUGGCAUUGAUGAACCAAAUGCAGAACUGUGGGCAACCACCAGAAGAGUUGGUUGGUGCUCCUGCGCUUUUCAAGUGCGAUGCUGAGGGAAAUCCAGUUUUUCCACCCGGAGUUGACCCACCUGAAAACUGCUGCGUCAUGUAAAAGUAUAAAUUGUUUCGUAGCCUUAGAAUUGUCGCAAUAUGUUUGACAAAGGAAAAGAGAUUGUCAAACUUCCUCAUAACGAUUUUCAUAACAUUGUUUGAAUGAAAUGGCCAUUUUAAAAUAUUUUAUCCUUCAAUAGUAAGAUUUAUUUGCAUUUGAUAGGCAAAAACCUAGAUUGAAA